CGCUGGUACUUUUCGAGAGUUUGCUACUGGUUCUUUUGAUAUUUGUUUGGGGCAAGUACAGUGGUGACAUUUACGAGCGCUUCCUGUCCACCGAAACUGUGGUUGAUGAACUAAGAGAAGACGUAUCCCAGUUGAAGUUGCCUAAAGCAUAUACCCCACGCAUAUAAUGAGUGAUAAACUGAAAAAAUUUUUUCAAAAAAAAAAAGCUGAUGUGAAGUUCAAAAGAGCAGGACCCGGUCAUCGUCUGGAUGAAGGCGUUGCCACAGCCAAAACUGUGGUUAAACAAGGUGAAACAUCUCGCGUCUCUAGAGUUGAGCCUACCGAUGAAGCCAAACAAGCAGCAGCUGCAGCCUUGGCCCGGUUUGAAAGUAAAAAGACUACCACCGGUCCUCUAAACAUUUCAUUGGCUGCCAUUAAAUCAAGAGCUAGAAAAGAAUUGGAAGCCGAAAGAAAAAAUGCAAACCAAAAUAUAGAUACAUUUAUAUGUUCAGAAGAAGAAAAUAAGAAUGUUGAAGUUCCUGGACCAUUAGCUACUAGUGGUAUUUUUUUCCAAUGUCCAAUGAUAGGCUUAGAAGUUUUGCCACAAGAAGAAUGGCAUAUAAAAAUAGAAGAAUUUAUUAAAGAACAAAUGAAAGAUGAUCCUAUAUUACAAUCGAUUCUACUAAUCCAAAACUGCAAUCACAAUAGAACCAAAAUUGAAGAAUGCAUUAAGUUACUAGUGACAUAUGCAGAAAAUAUCAUUAGAAAUAAGGACGAAGAAAAAUAUCGCAAAAUUAGAUUAACAAAUAAAACAUUUGUGGAAAAGGUGUUGCCAAUUAAGGGAGCAAUUGAAUUCUUAGAAUCUAUUGGUUUUGUUAAAAAAAAACUUAUGUAUCAAGAUCAAGAAGAAGAUUUCUUAGUUUUUCCUGAAGAAUGUUUGAAUAACCUAGCCUUGGUACAGACCACUGUUGAUGAUUUACAAUCGGCAGAACGCAUUCAAUUGGUCUUGGAUAGAAAUGUUCAGGUUCUUUUGCCGUCACAAGCAUCAGUAAAAGUUUCAUUACCUCCAGAGUUUUUCAUAAUGUCUACUGCUGAAUUAAAAGCAGAGUAUAAAAAAAGGAAUGAUAAACUGGAGAGUGAAAUGAUUCUAAAAACUAAAAAUAUGCGUAUGAAGGAACAAAAUAAAUACAAAUCAAAUUACAAAUAUUGUUUGAUUCGAGUUAAAUUUCCAGAUUGUUUGAUUUUACAGGGAACAUUUGGUGUCAAUGAGCACUUGUCUGAUGUUUUAGAAUUUGUCAAAGAAAGUGUAUUUGACGAACAGCGGCCAUUCAAGCUAAGACUGCCUAGUGGAAGAACUUUAGAUAAUGAGCAUGAAAAUAUGACCUUAAGCGAAUUAAACCUGGUACCUACCACUGUUUUACUCUUUACUUAUGAUCCACCUGAAAACAAUGAGGAACAUCCUUACUUAAAAGAUGAGCUCAUGGCACUGGUACAGUAACUGCAUAAAUAUUAAAUAAAUUUUAUUUUCAAAUCAAUUGUGAUAAAUUUCAAUAAUCAAUUUAAUUGUAUAUUGUUUACUUACUUUACUUGGGUACAAUCAAUGGAUAUAUUUAAUUAGUUUCUUUUUGAUUUUGUUAAUAAAACAUACCUAAUAAUUUAUUUCAUAAUUUGUGAUAA